AUGCACCUCGAAGACUGUGUGUAUCCAGUUCGAGAGACACCACCAGCUUUGCUUGCCGCUAACAAGCCGGCAAGGCAAGCAGUGCAUUCAUUAAUGUGGCGACAGGAGUGGUCGUCUAGUUCGACGCGCGCUUGCCCCAUAAUGGAAAGAGAUUGUCCAGAGAUCAAAGCGUCAAUAGUCCUUCGGAAAGAGAAAGCUAUGAACACACUUAUGGUGGACGCCAAUGGGGUGAAUUCAAACUGCCUAGCAACUGGCCUUGUCCAAGUACAACGCCUUGUAGGCUGGUCAAAGGACGAUGUGGUAUUUGCUUUCAGAAGCAUCAACGCUCUUUUGGAAGGCCGCCUUCUUUUUUGGGACUGCUCGGAAGCCUUUCUCCUUGCCACUUUCUACUUAACAGUAAGGACACUGACCAGCCGCCGCAUGUCACUAGGUUGGCCAGACUCCUGUAACUGGGAUGCCCUAGAGCAUGCGAGUCUGUAUUGUGGUGAUAUCGGCAUGGAGGGGUAUACGAUGGUGGCCGAAGCCUGA